AUGAACGAACAUAUCCAGCGCAUUGUUAGCAGGCUGCCGCUUCACCGGGCUACCUCUGAGGUGAUACUGGCGUACCUUUCGAAGCAGCAGGCGCAGUAUCCGACAGAGCGCAUCGAGCUGGUGGAGCCGCUGAACGACUUUCUCAGGAAGGGAGGCCACCAGGGCCUCCAACGGCUGGUGUUCCACGUCCAUUUCCAGCUGAUGCUGCGGGCGCCGGAGCACCUGCGGCUGCUGCGCCGUCACCGCGAGGAGCUGCAGCGAUUCUGGCCGUACGAGCGGCACCACUCGCUGCUGGCGCUGUCGGACGUACGAAGCCAAUCGCUGCGACGGCUGUGGGAGGACGGGCAGGAGGAAGUGCUGCAGCAGAUGCAGUACUGCCGGCAUCACUGGCUGCGGGAGGGCGACGUGCCGGAGCGCUACGCGCUGACGCAGGCGCAGCGGGAGGAGGUCCUGCAUCGUGUGUUCGCGCAGUACAUGUUUCUGAAGCAGCGGCCGGCGCUGUGGAGCGUGCGGCGGCUGCCAAUCCCGGUGGUGGAGAUCGGGAUGACUCCGCUGGGCUUCGACAUUCCGGACGUGCGGGUCGACGGUCUGUUUAAGGACAAGACCAAGAGCGUGCUGCGGCUUCUAUACCGCGAGCACCCGGCUCUGACGCCGGCGGCAGAGGAAGACAUGCUGCGCAUUAUUGCCGAGUGUCCUACGCGCGCCAUGCGCCGCAUAUACCUGCGUGCGUGCCGCAGGGCCUACGUGCUGGACGCCGACGCCCAGCUGUUUCGAGUGAGCCGCUUGCGGCACUUCAUCUGA